GGCCAGGCUGAAGCUAAUGGCGCAGCCCGCGGGGCCGGCCGCCGCCGGUGUCGAGGAAGCCACGGCGGAAGAGGACCCGCGAGUCCUGGAACCCGGGGCCGCCCCGUUCGGAAAUUUCCCUCAUUAUUCCCGCUUCCAUCCUCCAGAGCAACGGCUCCGCCUCCUGCCCCCGGAGCUGCUUCGCCGGCUCUUCCCCCCGAGUUCCGAGACCAGGCCAAUCCUGGGGCUCGACGUGGGGUGUAACUCCGGGGAUCUGAGUGUGGGUUUAUAUAAACACUUCCUUUCCUUACGUGAUGGGGAGACCUGCUCAGAUGUCUCAAGAGAACUCCGUUUCCUCUGCUGUGACAUAGAUCCAGUCCUGGUGGAGAGAGCUGAAAAAGAAUGCCCUUUUCCCGAUGCCCUGACCUUUGUCACCUUGGACUUCAUGAAUCAAAGGACCCGGAAAGUUCUCUUAAGCUCUUUCCUAAGCCAAUUUGGACGCUCAGUUUUUGACAUCGGCUUCUGCAUGUCAGUAACCAUGUGGAUUCAUCUGAACCAUGGGGACCGUGGCCUGUGGGAGUUCUUGGCUCACCUGUCCUCCCUGUGCCGCUACCUCCUUGUGGAGCCACAGCCCUGGAAGUGUUACCGGGCAGCUGCAAGGCGUGUCCGGAAGCUGGGCCUCCACAGCUUUGACCACUUCCGCUCCCUUGCCAUCCGUGGUGAUAUGGCGAGUCAGAUCAUACAGCUCUUAACCCAGGACCACGGCAUGGAAUUAGUGUGCUCUUUUGGCAGCACCAACUGGGACCGAAGCCUUUUGCUUUUCAGAACAAAGCACACUACAGAAACUAAGCCAACUCCUGAGUCACUGGUAGAAGAAGGGAAUGAAAGGGACAGAUUAAAAUUCUGCAGACAGUGAGUAGGAAGGUAUGAAGACCAGAAGGACACAUUGUGAGGGUUUUAGGCUAAGAAUUAAGUGUACCAUCCUCCUCCUCACAGUUAGGCAGCCUCAAAACCUCGUAGAAUCUUUUGGCAAAAUGUCCAAGAGCGGUUCCUCUUUGUUUGGGAGUAUCCCCAAGGGGACUACAUCCUGGGCCCAGCGGGGCUGUCAGGGUAGGCGUGGUCUAAGGAAGUGAUCCUGUCCUGUCCUGGGAGAUGGAAGUGGCUGCUUUGGGUGGUUAUGUAUAAGCUUAGACUGGGCUAGCCUUACAAUGGACUGGUUCGCUGGGCCCGGUGAUUGUCAUCUGGCGUCUUCAAGCUUCUUUUGGGCUUAUUGGUCCUGCCUUUAGGUAAUACUUCACAGCAUAAUCCAAAAUGAAAAGUCACUGACCUGGCUAAGGGAGAGGAUUAGGAAACGCAUGUUAUCUUUCCAGAGCAGGUCAAGUGUCCAACAUGUCCAGGCUUAGCACAGCAGUUACAGGUAGAGGUAAUUAAUCGACUGGUGUUUAAAAGAUUGAAAUUAUAAAGUCCAAAUUAUAGCUGGUAGAAAUGAAAUAAAUGA